AUGUCAGACCGUGUUAUCCGUCGGCGCAAUGUCAAAACUCGCAAUCGCAAUGGCUGCGUGACGUGUCGAGCUCGGCGAUUGAAAUGUGAUGAAACCAAGCCCGAGUGCAGUAAUUGCACAAGACUCAGCAUUCCCUGUGGUGGCUACGCGAGGCAGAUUGUGUUUAAGGAUCAGACAAAGCUGUUCAACCAAGACUCUCCUCGACGUACAAGAUCAGGCCAAAAGCUGGACGACGACUCAACCCAUCCUGCACCACAAGAUACCCUUGAUAAUGUUUCGGCCAACCCGGAGGACCAUAGCCCGGCCCGGAACUAUCUGUCACCGUAUUCCACCCCAGUGGCGAACUUCGACAGCGAUACAGUGGAGUCGCAGAUCACUUUCUGUCACCAGGGUCAUUCAAACGUUGCAAAUCAGGCUGCGACUUUAUUGUCAGGUUCAAACACCCCGGCAGACUGGGAUUUCGGAUCGCUACCACAAGGUGCGGUGGAUACCCCUGCGCCAGUCACCGUAGGCCAUGAGCCUCGUUCUUCAGUGAUAUCUCCCGUUGGUAUCCCACUUUACAGCCCUUCAGUUGGACCAAACCCAUUGCCUAGCCAAGCAACCUCAUCGCAGAGUAGAUCUGGCUCUAUUAGAAGCGAAAAUUUCUUUGGGAUCAAGACAGCGCCGACUAUACCACAAGGUCUCCUUGAGAGCAUGAAGUUUCCGGAAGAUAUGCUAUACUAUCACCAUUUACGUGACACGUCUCCCUACGGAGUACUGUCCGUGUUAUAUCUCAACGAUAUUCUCGAUGCAGAAUACCUCAAUGGGUCGUUCUACCAUGCUGCAUUGGGCCUGUCCGCCCUCAAGAUAUGGAAGUCUGAUGCCCAACUCCGGGUACGGAAUGUUGCAGCAAUACAUGCCCUUGAGCACUUUGUGGUGGCGCUGGGUGAUAUCGGCAAGAUGCAGAUACGGGAUACCGAUGCAGACACCCCUACAUUCCAUGGCUCACAAGACCUGGAAAAACGGGAAAAGGCCGUAUGUUGGUUGGGUACAGUCUUGUUGUUGGCACAUUUUGAACUCAAGCGUGGGCAGUUGAGACUGUGGUGUGUCCAUGGGCAUGCUGCAGUCAACUUCCUAUCAUCACAUUUGAGUCUUGUGCUAUCAACGAAAAAUGGCGAGUCUUUGGUUCGUGCCUUUUCCAGGAUUGCGGCUCUGUUGGAGAUCUAUGACCGCACCCAUUCGAUUCAAAAGCAGGCUAUAUCACCAGAGGUUUCGAGUACUCUUGUCGAAUUUCUUGCUACGUCAACAGUGCAUUAUGAUCAGCUACUGUAUAUCAUGCCGAGGGUAAACAUAUUAGAGGACGAAUGGAGGGCGAACCUUCGGCCUGAUGCGCAAUGGGACGAGCGAGUUGACAGAUUAAGGACUGAGCUGGACCAAUGGCGAGAUAAGUUACCGCCCGGAGAGGUCCCUUCCUUCGACGACCAACUAGAAGCCGACGACACGCAGCCCCCGCAGAUUUCAGGCAUCAAUAUCGAGCCACUAACAAUCCUAUCAUCUCAUGAGCCUGUGAGGGCGGCUACGAAUUUCGCACAUUAUCUAAUGUCAAUCUUGCGACUCGACAUGAUGUAUUCUCCAUUCAAGAGUCAAAGGCUGACUGCAGCCGAGUCUAGUACCAUAGUACGUAAGAUUUGCCGUCUUGCAAUUGGACUGCCGUACACCCUCUGUGUUAGCGUCAAUAAUUACGGACAUGGCAUGCUUCCAGCAGUGUUGAAUGCAUAUCACUUGGCAGAUGAGACCAUGGCGAAUUGGAUCAAAAACUGGAUAGCGUCACGGCCUAAUAUGCGGGAGGGAAUCUGGGAUAUAGAACGCGUGCAGAGGUUGAUAGCAUAUCUAGACAGAGAGUAUUCUGGGCGAGGUUCGAAGGCAGGUUGGACAGUCAUCAAAACCCGUAUGGUAGAUUUGGACGAUGAAGAGGACCAGGAUGAUUCAGCCCCAGAUGGUGAAGAUGGUAUACCUCAAAGCUUUUGUGUUGAGAUAUACUCCAAAGGGAAGCGGGGGUGGAGUAUUGAUUUUGUAGAGAUUGACUAG